AUGAACGCACUGGAACUGGUGUACGGAAGACUCUCUGAGAUAGAAGGCGAGAUUCUGUUGGACCUGAAUCGCCUGGAGUCAAACGCGCUGGAACACCUAAAAAAGACCAGAAAACAGCUCGAAAAUUUAAGUAUUAAAAAAAUCGAGCUGGAAUUGGGAGAUAAUUUCAACAAAAUCGAGUCUUUUGGAAAUAAACUCAAGACCGUAGCAGAUGAGAGCGACUGUGCCCUAAACAAAAUAAAAAAAACAGUAAGCGUGGUCGAAACCGUAACUGCACUUUAUAAUUCAGCCUCAAAAGCACUAGACCAUUUUAAUAAUGACACACCUGACCAGGCGUUCUCAGAAAUUGAAAAGUACAUCGCAGCCGUGGAGUCAGCCAGAACCAAAGGGCAUUGGGAAGAAGUAGUAAACGUGAUUACAAAGGGUUACAUAGGCCAAGUGAUAUCGUCAUUGAGGUUACUAGUCAUAGAAUCGCUGAGAACAAACGUGUCGAAUGACCAUUCAAAGCUUCUUACGAGACUUGCCUUAUCGCUGAACGCAGAAAAAGAGGCCUACGACUCAUAUCUAUCCUUUGUUAAAGUGGAAACUGAACGUGGAACUGCGUUCACUUCAUUAACAGCUCCAUACAACAAUACGAGUAAUGAGUAUGAAGGCUAUAAUGGAUUUGGUAUCAGUGAGAUGAAUAGCCUGAAUAGAGUAAUUUUGAAGUCUAAAAACCUCCUAAACCGUCAAGGAAAUUCAGUUCUCACAGAACUUGGAACGAUUUACUACAUUAAAAUCGUCAGAGAAAUACACCUUUACUCCUCCACGGAGGCCUCUAAAAUAUUCAUUGAUUUCAUUAAGACGAACUUGCUCCCCAAUCACAUUUCUACACAAAUCACCGAACCACAACUGGACAAACAGAAUCAAAUGGUCGAAACAAAUGGGUUUGAAAUUUCAGAAAAGGCUGAUUUGACUCAAUUAAACAACUCUGAUUCUUUAAAUUCAGCGUCUGAAGCCAUAAUUUCUGAACUAGAAAAAACAUUAAAAGACUCAAAUUUCGUUAAUAUGAUAACGUCAGAGGUCAAAUACCAGAAAUUGCUGGACAAUAUAGCCAUCAUGGCAUCGCUUUGGAUAGAUUUUGAAACUUCUUUGAGAGAGACCACAGCUCCAAUUUACCCAAAUUUGUUAGUAAAACAGGAUGAGAAGGAGUAUUCGCCAGAUGGGCUCGUUUUUCUGAGCAAUGCGACCAAGAUGAUUCAGUCGAUUUUAUCAGCCUACGUUCACUUACAGCAUGCGUUUACUUUAAAGACAGUGGUUCAAGCAAUACAAGUGAGUGAUACAAUUUAUAUCUCAGAAAAUGAAAAUACACUCACCAGCACACUAGUCGAUGAUGUGUUUUUUAUACUACAAAAGUCACAGCAUAGAUCCAUUGGAACCGGAGAUAUACAAACAGCUUGUGCUACUUUUAAUCAGGUUUCUUCAAUAAUAUCAAAUGAGCUCAAAAACGCAUUAACCCACAAUCUUGUCCAAAGUCAACCAAUUUACGAAAAAUGGACCCAAAAAUUGGAAAAUUUGAUGAAUGGAUCGCUAUACAACAUGCUUGACGAGUAUUUUAAAAGAACAAGAGGCGGGUUUCCAGAAUUAAUUGGUGGGUUUACGUUAAAUUGUCAUUUUAAAAACAGCUUCGUCCACUCCCUUAACAACAUUGAAGAGUGUCUGGGAUUACUUGCCAAAUUUAAGGAAGAAAUGAGUGAAUGUUUCAGCAAAGAGUUUCUUAAACAAAAGGAAAAAAAUCUGUUGGUUGAAAACGCAAUACAGGAACUCGACUCAGUUGAGACGGAAUUAGAACAAAUUCUGGAAACUUGUUGCAAUUACGCACUGAAUAUAAAAAUACUCAAAAUUUCAGUUGUUUCCGUUCUAGAUAUCGUUCUCAGUCACAUCAAGUCCUCUUACUCCCCAAAUGUUGGACUUAAGUGCAUGAAUAACUUACUAGAAAAGUUGUGUAAAUAUUUGGAAAAUAUGGUUUUGGAGAAGAAAUUCACUAUCUACGGAGCAGUUUACUUCGAUGGCGCCGUGAGGUCACUAGUUCAUUCUUGUUCUAAACAUAACCAAGAACUUAGAAAACAGGUUUUAAAAUCAAUUUAG